AUGACGAGACCUGAAUUUGAUGAUAAAAUCAAACCUGUAUCAUUGAAAGAUACAAAUCUUUUCAAACCAAUCAAAUUAGGAAAUUUAAAGUUACAACAUCGACUUGUGUUAGCACCAUUAACUAGAUUGAGAGCUGAUCCUGUUAAGUUUGUUCAACCUAUUGAAUUGAGUUCUGAAUAUUAUGAUCAAAGAUCUAAAACACCAGGAAGUUUAGUCAUUGCAGAAGCUACUUUAUACUCUCAUUCAGCUGGUGGGUAUUUUGAUGGUAAACCAGGAAUUUGGAAUCAAGAACAAAUCGAAUCAUGGUCAAAACUUUUCGAUAAAAUUCAUUCAAAUGGUUCUUUCGUUGUUCAACAAUUAUUUCACUUAGGUAGACAAGCUAUUCCUGAUAAAGUUUCUGAACAAGGGAUUAUUUAUAGAGCCCCAACUUCAGGGAUAUACCCUAAUGAUGGUUCAUAUCCUUUUGAAGAAAAAGCUAAAGAGUUUAAUACUCCAUUGACCGAGUUCACAACUGAAGAAGUCGAAGAGGAAGUUAAAACUUUUAUCCAAAGUGGUAUUAAUAGUAUUAAAGCAGGUGCAGAUGGUGUUCAAGUCCAUGCUGCUAAUGGAUAUUUGUUAAAUCAAUUCUUAGACCAUCUAACCAAUAAAAGAACGGAUAAAUAUGGUGGUUCUUUAGAAAACAGAUCAAGAUUUAUUCUAAAACUUGUUGAUGGAUUAUCUGAAUCCAUUGGAGCUGAGAAGGUCUCUGUGAGAUUUUCACCUUGGUCACAAUAUGGGGAUCUUAAAGGUAUUCAAAAAGAUCCUGAAUUAUUAGCACAGUAUGCACAUAUUGUUGGCGAGUUAGAGAAGAGAAGAUUAGAUGGUAAAGGUAUUCAAUUCAUUGAUCUUAUAGAGCCAAGAGUAAAUGGGAUUGAUGUUAAUGAAGACUAUGAUUCAACAAAUAGUCAAGGUAAUGAAUUCAUUUAUGAUAUUUGGAAAGGACCGAUUAUUAGAGCAGGUAAUUAUAUUCAAGAGAUUGAAAGAUUACAAAGAGAUGUUAAUCAUAAUGAUAGAACAUUGAUUGCAGUAGGAAGACAUUUUGUUUCAAAUCCCGAUUUAGUGGAGAGAUUGAAGAAGGGGUAUCCUUUGACCAAAUAUGAUCGUUCAACUUUCUAUAGUGGUGGUGAGAAAGGGUAUGCUGAUUAUCCAAACUACACAGUCUGA